UUAAGAAUUGCUUUUAUGAAUUAAUAAAUGUUCUACCACAGAGCUAUAUUUUACAUUCUUUUAUUGGGAUAAAAUAUUAAUGGCAGAUAAAGAAGAUGAUGAACCAACUAUUCCGAGAGCAAUUUUAAAUAAAAUUUUUAAAGAAACGAUUCCUUCUGUAAGAGUUGCUAGUGAAACUCGUGAAUUAAUUUUAAACUGUUGUUCUGAUUUUAUACGAUUCAUAUCUACUGAAGCAUAUAAAAUAUGUAAUGAAUCUGAUAAAAAAACUAUUGUGCCUGAGCAUAUUCUCACAGCCCUACAAAAUUUGGGAUUCCACGAUUUCGUUCCAGACGCUAACAUCGUAUUGAACGACUGCAAGGACCGAAUGGCAAAACGUAAGCGGAAAAGCCAUCGACUCGAAAAUCUUGGUAUCCCGGAAGAAGAAUUGCUUAGGCAGCAGGAAGAAUUAUUCGCUAAAGCUAGACUCGAACAAGCUACGGUGGAACAUAAACAAUGGCUACAAUUGCAAGAAAACUCUAUGCUUCACCUGAAUUCUCAUUUCGCAAGCUACAAGGAUAUCAUGGGAUUGAAAAGUUACGCCGAUGAGCCAGAUUCGGAUUAUGAUUGAAAUGAAGAAUACAUUCAAACCCAAGAUUUCUUCUUUAAAAAAUUAAAAUAAAUAGAAUUAACCGAGACAAUGCUAUUUAUCUUCCAUCACUAUAUUAAUUAAUUCAUUGUUAACCUUCUAUAUUUUUUGAGAUGUAAUUAUUGUUGAUUUAAAAAUUAAAAAAAAUAACUCCUAAAGGCAUUUAAACUGAAUACAUUUUUGCACGCUAAGAGCUUGCGUGAGCGUGAUUGAAAAUAAUUAUCUUUAUUCAUUGUUCAUUUUUCCUUUUUUAAAAUUAUCCCACUCUCCACCAAAUGAUUCAAGAGAUAAUUUGUUGAAAUUAUAUAUAUAUAAUAUCCAUUCAUAUAAUUUUGUUAAUAAUAAUAUUAUUUUUUUGUUAUAAUAUAAAUAAUAAUUUUCAUGUUCAUAUAUAUUUUUUUAAAACCAUUUUAUAUUUAUCUUAUAUUUUGCAGGGCUUAAACCAAUUCAGCCCCUUCAAUGAUAGGCCUGAGUUACUUAAAGGAUAUUCAUAUAAGCCACUUUGACAAUAUAUAAAGCCCUAAUUAAAGUAACCUGUGUUUUAAAUAUUUCUUUUUUUAAGAAAGAGUUUUAAAAAAUGCUUUAACAAACAAAUAUGUUUUUUUUUUGAAACAACCAAAAAAAAUUGCACUUGUCAACAUUACUGCUUAUAAAUAUUAAACGUCACUUUUAUCAGCAAUUGAUCUAUUGUCUUGUUGACAUUAAUGGCUUCUUAAUUGAAU